UAGAAUCAGUAGUUUUAAUCUUCUUCAAGCUAUGGGUCAUAAACUCUUCUUCUGCACCAUUCCCUUCUUUUUCAUCUUCUCUUUGCUCUCCCUCGUUUCAUCCUUUCCUUCUGGGCAGUUCGGCCAGUACGAUAACUUCUAUGCUAAAUCAUGCCCCUAUUUGCCAAUGAUUGUUAAAAAUAAUGUUCAGGCGGCUAUCAUGAAUGACUCCAGGAUGGCUGCAUCCCUUCUUCGGCUCCACUUCCAUGAUUGUUUUGUCAAUGGUUGUGAUGCCUCAAUUCUUCUUGAUGACACUGAUAAAUUGGAGGGAGAGAAAAAUGCAUUACCAAAUCGGAAUUCUGUUCGUGGGUAUGAAGUCAUCGACAUUAUAAAGGCAGACGUUGAAAAAGCCUGCCCAUCAACCGUUUCAUGUGUUGAUAUUUUGGCUCUUGCAGCUAGGGAGGCUGUUGUUCAGUCUGGAGGACCCUUCUGGCCGGUUCAAUUAGGCCGACGAGAUGGAUUAACUGCAAACAAAGCAGCAGCCAAUUCAGAACUGCCAUCCCCCAUUGAGCCUCUGAAAAACAUCACUGCCAAAUUCAUUGCAAAGGGCCUUGACAUAAAGGAUGUUGCAGUCCUCUCAGGAGCCCAUACCAUAGGCUUUGCUCAAUGCUUCACCUUCAAGUAUAGACUGUUUAACUACAAAGGCUCAGGCAAGCCUGAUCCUGCACUUGAUUCCUCUGCACUUCAAAAUUUACAAAGCUUGUGUUCGAAUCAGGAUUCAUCAAACACCAAUGUUGCUCCUCUCGACCCCUUGAGUAUUUACAGAUUCGACAAUGUGUAUUACACAAACCUUUUGCAAAACACAGGGCUUCUUGAAUCUGAUCAAGCAUUAAUGGGGGACUCAACAACUGCUGCAUUGGUUAUGGCCUAUAGUAUGAACCCUUAUCUUUACUCCAGUGAUUUUGCUGCAUCAAUGGUGAAGAUGGGAAACAUUGGUGUACUCACAGGGCAAGAUGGGGAGAUCAGGAAGGUUUGUAGGUCUGUCAAUAACUGAAACCAGCAGAUUAGAAGAAACUUGUGUAGUUUAACUAAUACUCUAAUCUAUAUGAGGCCACCAGCUAUAAAUAAUCUGGUUCUGGUGUG